AAUUUUAGAAAAUUUUCACAACAGACAGGGAUGAACGCUAGAGAUGGAAGUGCGGUUGAUGCUGAUAAACUCGAGAGUCUUUUUAAAAGACUAAAUUAUAUCGUGGAUAGAUGCGAUAACUUUACAGUUCAAAAAAUUGUAGCUAAAUUAAGUGAUUAUAGCAAAAAAGAUCAUCGAAAUUACGAUAGCUUCGCAUGUGCAUUUCUUAGUCACGGGGAACACGAUUUCAUCUAUGGAAAGGAUGGUAAAGUAAAUCUAGAAGAGAUGUUUGCAAAAUUUCGUGGAGAUAAAUGUAGAUCCCUUGCAGGAAAACCAAAAAUAUUUUUUAUUCAGGCGUGUCGUGGUCAAAAUUUUGAUUCAGGUGCAGAUGAAGAAGACGUGACUGAUUUUGUUGGUAGUACUCUUCCAUCUGAGGGCGAUUUCUUACUUGCAUAUGCUACGGCCCCCGGUUAUUUUGCCUGGCGAAAUAGUGCAGGUUCUUGGUUCAUCCAGGCUGUUGUUGAAGUCUUUGAACAAUAUCACCAACACAUGGAUUUAUUGAGAAUGUUAACAAGAGUGUGUUGUUUUGUUGCUCAAAAAGAAUCUCAAUCUAAUAAUUUAAUGUAUCGAGGCAAAAAACAAAUCCCUUCUAUUGUAUCUAGACUUCGUCGAGAUCUUUUUUUUUCAAUCGAAGCUGCCAGAAAUUCUGGAGCAUACAGUAACUAA